AAGAAGAGCUGAAAUGUCAGGCUCGUUCCUCCGUUUCCUCCUGUCAUUAGUCUCCAAAACAAAGUUGGCAGUGAUAUUUGUACAGUCUAGUUUGCUGGCAUGUCGAGCACAGGUUGUCGUUCUGCUCUCUUGUUGGUUUACUGUUUGAAACGUUUACCUUUUGGAGGAACUGAAAACUUCUGCCUCACUUUCGGUGUGAGUGAGCAGGCCGUGAUGACAUACACUCGCAGUCUGAGGCUUUACUGAAGCGACUGAACGACGCCGGCUUCCAAGAUAAGCAAUAAACCUUAUUUUAAAACUAGAUGUGCUGCUUUAUGUUUUCUCACACUUAUCAGACGUGUCAAGCAACCCUGAAAGAGGAGGAGUGAGCUGGACUGGGCCGGACCGAAACCACACCGAGGACCAAUACGAUAAGUGCUCACUGAACAUUUGAUUUGAGCGCUACGUUCAGUUAAUAGACAACCAGCAAGCAAGGAACGACUGACCAGCCGACUGGAUGAAGCUUUUCGAGAGCAGUGCUCGCCGUCCUCUGUCCAUGAUGUGACACAAGCCUCGUAUGCUUGCUUGUUAGCUGCCAAAUUUGGCCUCUGUGAAUAUGCUGCGCUUGGAGGACGUGGCCAAUGUGGUCCUCAGGGUGCCCAGCAUCAUCGUGCUGGACCUGCUCUAUAAAUGCGACAUCGAGAGCUUCACUUAUCACCUCAGGGCGAGGAGUGAAGACAUGCUCUUCAAGUACAAAUACGUCCUGUGGAACAUGUACUACCUAGGUCACUUAGUGAGUGCGGUAGUCCUGUUUUUGCCACUUGGACACAUUGUGCAGCUCUAUCUGCAUAUUCUCACUGCCCUUCUGCUGUACAUGGGCCAUCAGAUUGCCAGGGAGUAUGUGUUGGCAGAGGGUCAGUACGAGUAUGAAAGGGCACUCUUUCUGGAUCCUCUAGCUUUGAAUCGUUUUGUAACUGCGCUAACAAGUCAGAUUAUUGUCACCACACUCUGUGCGUUCCUCAUGCGCACUCGCCGAGUUUGGCUUUUUUCUGCUCACUUGCUCCCUCUGCUGGCGCGUGUGUGUUCAGUGUCUCGAGACACUAUCCUCACGCUCACCACUGUUUCCAUGGGGAUAACAGGGGCAGAGGUCAUUGUGUUCCUCCUCAUGAAUCUCUUUGUACCAUAUAGACUGGCCAGAGCAGCUUACAGUGAAAUAGUGCAAGUAGAGAUAAAUGAUUUGUACCGACUGCUGGCAGUGGGGGUGGCUCUCUGGCAUAGUUUUGCAGUGCCUGUGUUGUUCAGUGUCUUCUGGUUUGUGCUGUUUGGAGUUCAGCUCGUCUCCAAAGCUGGUACCUCCUCUGCCAUCCAAGAGGGGCUCCUUCUCUACCUUCUCACCAGUGUGUCUGAGUGCUGUGCAAGCCCUUACUCUUUGCUGGGCUUGACAUUUGUGGUUUCCUAUUUGGCUUUGGGACUCCUGAAUCUCUGCAAGUUCUACCUGGGAGGUUUCACAGCUCUGCAGAACCACAAUGUUAUGCACAGGGGUGUGACAGAGGGUGUGACUCUACUGUUGCUAGCUCUGCAGACUGGCUUGUUGGACAUGGCAGCCCUGCAGCGCUGCUUCCUCCUCUUCAUCAUUCUCUUCAUUGUUCUCACUUCCACUCUGCAGAGCAUGAGUGAAAUAACCGAGCCCAUUGUGCUCGGACUUGGUGCCAGUAGAAACAGGAGUGUGUGGAAGCAUGUACGAGGGCUGAGCAUGUGUGUGUUUCUGCUGCUAUUCCCGGCGUUCAUGGCCUAUAAGAUCUCCCAGUUCUUCCACAUGGACUUCUGGCUUCUCAUACUGGUGUCUAGCUGUAUGCUCACAUCACUGCAGGUGAUGGGCACUCUGCUGAUCUACUGCCUUUUCAUGGUGGAGGUGUGGCGCAGCACUGCUCUGCCUGGCCUUGAUGAAGUGGUGUAUUAUGUGAAUGGGGUUUGUCGGGUGCUGGAGUUUGCCGUGGCGCUGUGUGUGGUGGCUUAUGGGGCGUGGGAGUCACUGUGGGGCGAGUGGAGCUGGAUGGGGGCAUCGGUCAUCAUCAUCCACUCUUAUUGCAAUGUGUGGUUGCGUGCCCAGGCUGGCUGGAAGAGCUUCCUACUCCGACAGGAGGCAGCACGCAAGAUCAGUUCACUUCCACGGGCAAGCACUCAACAGCUACAGGACCAUGGUGAUGUCUGUGCCAUUUGUUUUCAGGAUAUGACAUCAGCCGUGAUAACCUACUGUGGUCAUUUCUUCCAUGGAAACUGUCUUAGAAAGUGGCUGUAUGUGCAGGAAACAUGUCCCAUGUGCCACACCUCCAUUAAACCACCGGUAUCGACCCCAACAGCUGCUGCAGGUGACACCCGUCCUACCCCAGCUCAACCACAGCCCCGCCCACCUCAGCAAGAGCCUGUCCCUGAGCAUGUAGACACCCAUCACGAAGAAGAACAGAGCUUCCAGGGAGACGGAGCUCAUUCACCAGACAAGGAGUCUGAGUCAGGGGGACCUUACAAUAAAAUGAGUCUGCAUGACCUUAACUGUAGCUCCAGUGGACACUCCAAAGUGACUCCCAUCUCUGCAGGUGAUGCCCAUCCACACUCAAUGCAAUCACAGCCGCACGCAGCUCAGCGGGAGCCUGCCCCUGAGCAUGACAACACCCAGUGCAGAGAAGAACAGGGCUCACAGGGAGAUGGAGUCCACUUACUGGACAAGGAGUCUGCAUCAGAGAGAUUGUACAAGAAGAUGAGUCUGCAAGACCUAAACUGUUGCUCCAGUGGAGACUCUAAAAGAUUGGACGCUGCUGUACCUUCUAGCUCCUCAGUAGGAAGCCCCUCCACAUCAGAGUCCAGUGAGACAGACAGGGACUCUGAGCUGAGGACUAAGCAGCCCAGAGAGGCCAAUUCAGUAAUGGACUUGAACAAAGUGAGUACAGGACCAGCAGAGAGCCAUGACUGCGCUAAUUGUCCUCAGUCUCUCAGUGGUAGUUAUCUAUUCUGCGAGCCAUCAGAACAUACUUGAUGAAAAUGAAGAACUGUGAGAGACUUUUAGGAGACAGUGGAAAGGCACUAGGUCUCAAAGAACUUAAUCACUGCCGCACUUAUAUCUGGGUACCAAAGACUACAACACUAGCAUUUGUGGAGGAGUUAAGCUUCGUCUUAUCAUGCUGAACAUAUGCUGAGUCCUCCAUCACAUCAUCCUGUCAAGCAAUACCAAAUGUAUUUAUUUUUGACAUUCAUGAAGCUAAAAUUGUGUUGGAAUGGUUUAACUUGCCUAGGUUGUUGUGAGGUUGUCCAGUUUUGAACAAUUACAGUUGCCUUUAAAAAGUUGACCUGAUUAACUGAUGGAACUGACAUUAUUAUGCUUCAAUACUGUACACCAAUUGAAGUAAUUAACUUAAUUCCGUUAACAUUUCAGGGCAAGUUAUUGUUCCUGUCUUUCUUAUGCCAGUGGGGAACUGGCACUUAUGAAAUAUCUUCUACAUGUUAAAGCUUAAAAUCUGAUUGUUCAGAUGAAUGAUGAUUGGGUGACUGCUAUUCAACACAAAGUAUGUAGAAAUCCGAUAGUGCCUCAAAACAUUUGUUUCGCUCAAUCCUAUUUCUCAUACUUAAGUUGUGUCCUCAUAUCCAUUGCCAAACGGUUUUUCUUCUCCUCAUGUAAAUGUUGUUUAGCUGUUGCACCGUUUUAUUCUUUUGCUUUCAGUUAGUUUAAUUUUCUUUCAAUUUAAUUUGUUCUUUUCUAAUGAUGGUACUUUCUCUAUGCUUUAAACAUAUUACAUACUGAGCCACUGUACGUCUUUUCAAAGUAGAAUAGUGAAAAAGCAAAUCCGUGUCCCUCUCAUUUUUUUUAAUCUAAACUAUCAUCUCUUACCAUACCAUAACCACACUCAUGUGCUCACAUUUCACAGUCAUCAACAUGUAUCAACAGCAUUCCUAGAAGUAAACAGCAAAUCUGAUUUUAUCUCAUCCUAAUGUCUAAACAUUGAUGUUACCUGCAUGUUUCAUCUCUUUUUAUCAGUGAUAUCUUUACUGCUGUUUCUGUUUCACUCUUCAACCUUUGUCUCUUUUUCUGAGGCAGGACCUUUUGUUCCCAUUCUGCCUGCACCAUUUUACUGAGCUUCUUUCUCUUUCUGUACUUUAAGCUGGGCCAACUUUCAACCUGCUUUCUCUUGUAUUAAAUAAGUUCUUAGUGUAUGCUAUAAGAUGAUAAGAUGGGGACCAUCCUGUUGUCUUUUGCAGCAGCCUCUUUAAAGAGCUUGUAUCUUACAUUUUACUUGUAUUUUAUUUCCCCCCACCGAACUCUGUGGGGUUUUGACCCCCCAAAAAAAGCCGUGAUUCACUUUUACUUUUUGACCAUUUUUAACCUCACUUUGUCUCUUAGAAUUAAAUAGGCUGAUAUAAAACUGAUAUCUGUAAAUGACCUCUGUUCUGAUUGGCUGCCCUAUAUUGUACUUAAUUGAAAAAGUUGUUCAGGCUGAAACACUAGGUGCACUUCACUUACCUGCACCAGCUUGCCACUUCUUACGUAGCAGCAAGGGCUGAAAAGCUUGUUUAAAUGAUAUGUUGGCAGCACUUAAAACCGACUUGUAUAUUGCUGCAUAGCCUAUUUAUGAUUCAAAUUAAAAUGUUAGCUGGAGAAGGUGCCUUUAGACUGCAGAAGUGAUACCCUGGAUCAUGGGCUGCUGAUAAAUGGGGUGGAAACCACACCCACUCAACAUAAAUGGGUGGGACUCUAAACUGCUUUAGGCUGAAUAGGUUGAUUUAUGUCACAAUGUCAAUGUCACAAAAACAAUAAAUUAAAAACGGGCUGUUUUGCAGCUUUGGUUGUUGAAA